CUACUUCACACAAUUGAUGUACACUACAUUGUGAGUUUAAACAUGUUUUCUGGAAUUUACAUAGCUGUUGUUAUUCUUGUUUCUGCAGACACAGCAACGUGUUAUAGUUGCGGGCCUACUACUCAUGGUUUAGAGUUAGUAUCACUGUUAAAAAGAGCUUUCCAAAGUACCACUCGCAGUGCAGGGGGUGCUGCUGGCAGAGCUGUUGAUGGAACUAUAAGUGGAACUUUUAGCGAAGACUCUUGUACUCACACCGAAAAUAGACCAAACCAGUGGUGGUAUCUCGACUUGGGAUCAUCAAUAGCGAUUUCCAGAAUUGUCAUAUAUAACAGAAAUGAUUGCUGUGCCAAAAGACUUGUUGGAGCUGUUGUUGGUGUUGGUAACAGUAAUUAUCCACCAUCUGCGCAAAAUGCACAAUGUGGAACACCUAUUACAAACGGAAUGAUAAGCACCUCAAGAGCCAUAGAAAUAACAUGCAGACCAGUGAUUGAAGGACGGUAUGUCAGUGUGUACCUACCUAAAACUGAAUAUCUCACUCUUUGCGAAGUAGAAGUAUACAAAGAUAUACAGAAUCCUGUCAUCAUGUGCCCAGACGACUUCGUUGUAAAUGCUGUUAAUAGAUAUAUUACGUAUCCAGUUGCUUGGAAUAAUCCAAUUGUAAUGGACAAUAUUGAUACUGGUCUGGUGUCUACCUGCACUCCACCAUCUGGUUCCUCGUUCGGUAUUGGGUUAACCGCGGUUACUUGUACUGCAACUGAUACAACUGGGAACGUGGGCAACUGUACUUUUGUUGUUAAUGUUUCAGACGAUGAGGAGCCUGCCCUUUUAUGUCCUCAACACAUUGUUGUAAACAGUUCCGUUGACCAGCUUGAUAAUCCAGUAACAUGGAAGCCACUCACAGUGAUUGAUAAUGUACAUACUGGUAUGUCAGCAAAUUGUACACCAGCUUCAGGGUCUUUCUUUGACGUUGGUUCGACAAUCGUUACCUGUUCCGCUACUGAUGGUACUGGUAACGAAGGAAGCUGUUCGUUUGUUGUUCACGUUACGGGACAAAACUUUAUUUCAGAUUAUGAGGAGCCUGACCUCAUGUGUCCUCAUCACAUCGUGGUGAACAAUUCUGUUGACCAGUCUGAGAAUCCAGUAACAUGGAAGGAGCCCACAGUGGCAGACAAUGUACAUAGUGGUAUAUCAGCAACGUGUACACCAGCUUCUGGGUCUUUCUUUGAAGUUGGUUUAACAGUUGUUACCUGUUCCGCUACUGAUGUUCCUGGUAACAAAGGAAGCUGUUCGUUUGUUGUUCACGUCACAGGACAGGAAUACUUUUCAGCUAAUACUCGAAGUGGAAACGAAUUGGAAGACACAACCGGUUACUUGAUAGCAGUCGUUUUUCUAAGUGUGUUGGUUGUUGUUUUGAUGUCAGCACUUGUCCUCGUAUGCAGACAUUAUAAAAACAAGUACAAGUAUAGCACGAAUGGACUUCACAUGAAAAUGGAAGAUGACAACAUGGACUAGAAAAUACUGAAACCGUAAUUAAUCGUCUUAAAUACAAACUAUGUUUUGUCCAUUACAGCACAUUUAGGACUAAAGAAAUACUAUUAUAAACAUAUAAACAGUGAAAGAUUCUAAAAAUGUAAUAAAUUAAGUUGGUUACCUGUUUCUACUAGAGUUGCAGAACUCUAGUAGAAAUUUCAAAAUUAAUAAAUGGCAUAUCUUCUGUAUAUUUCAAUGGUAUUGAGUUUACUAACCAACUUCAUAACUAUAAUCUAGAUUUUCUACUGUUAGAAUGUUAAUUUAUAAACCAGCAUCUGGUACGCAUAGUAGAUUUACAUUCAUUGAUACCGUUAUUGAUUAAUGGAAACAAUUACCUUAUAGUGUUCAAAAUGCACAAUCCAUAUACACAUUCAAAAAACUUAUUAAGAACCAUUAUAUAUCUAAACUUCAUAGUAUUGUUUAAUUUUAAUGAUGUUAAUUCUUGAAAAUUGAAUUUGUCUAUAUAUAGUAUUUUAAAUGAAUUUACUGUAAUGUUUCCAUUUUUAUAGUUCUAUUAUUAUUCUAUAAUUUUAGUAUUCUCAUUUAGGAACCACAGUGGAAAUAAGUUGCUUUUUGUACUUUUCGGAGUUUUUAUAUUUGAAUGCUUCUAUACUAUUGAUUACUUUCAGAAUGAAUAUAUGAAUAAAUAAAUAAAGAUAAUGAAAACGCCA